CAGUUUUGUCCAUCAGAGGGAGUCAAGUUUCUUAUACUCCGGUUUCGCCCAUUUUCACAACAGAGCUCCACUGACCGGAGAGGGGGAAAUAUUGCUUGACAACGAUUAUUUUUCUCCCAUCGUGCCUGUGGAAACUCAUAUCUGCGGUCGGAUAGUCAGCGUGUGGGUCAGUUCGCCCUUCAGCCGUCAACCCGCAACUUUGCCUCUUCGCUGCAGCUGAAGAACAAGCGGGUUCAUGAUCACCAGGAAGCUCCUGUUUUUUGGGGAUUAACUCGCGAUACACAUAUAUAUAUAUACACAUAUAUUUUGUGUCUUUUUCUCUUGUCUUUGCUUUCUUGCAACGGAGAGACUUUUCUCGGUCAAAAUGUUGUGGAAAUUAGCCGACAACGUGAAAUAUGAAGAUGACUGUGAGGAAAGGCACGAUGGAAACAGCAACGGGAACCCCCGGCUGCCUCACCUGCCGGCGGUCAGUCAGCACCUCUACAGCCCGUCUCCCUCCCUGUCACACUCGGCCAGUUCGGACUUCCAGCCCCCGUACUUUCCGCCUCCCUACCAGCCCAUCUCCUACCCGCAGUCCAGCGACCCCUACUCUCACCUCGGCGACCCCUUCAACAUCAACUCCAUACACCAGUCGCCGUCGUCGAACCAGCAGCAGCCGUGGCCCGGCCGGCAGGGCCAGGAGGGACUCGGCGCCCACGGGAGGAGCGGGCUGGCGAGUCAGAUCCUGGGCCUGGAGGGAGGCUCGUCUGGGGUGAGGAGGGAAGGGUUCCGCCGGCCGGAGCUCCUGCCGCCCCACACGCACAGCCUCGAGUCGUCGGUUCUUAGUGAUAACAUGGGGAUGCACGACAUGGGCCACGGACUGGAGGACGUUCAACAUGUAGAUGACCACAGUAUUAUUAUGGCAGAUCAGACAGUCAUCAAAAAAGUAUUAGGACUACGAGGUGGCAGGAACCUUGAUCGCUUACAGAGGACUUAUUAUCAGGGGGGCAUUCUUGCGGGUCCUGUCACUCUACCCAAAGGCAACGCACUUGGUCUCCCCUUCCAGAAAGAGUCCCUGCUGGGCAUGGUAUCAAAUCCCACAGAGGUGUUUUGCUCUGUACCGGGCCGCCUUUCCUUGCUGAGCUCCACAUCCAAGUACAAGGUUACCGUAGCAGAAGUCCAGAGACGUUUGUCACCCCCGGAGUGUCUCAACGCAUCACUUCUGGGAGGCGUUUUACGCAGAGCCAAGUCAAAAAACGGAGGUCGUUCUCUGAGAGAAAAGUUGGAUAAAAUUGGACUCAACCUGCCAGCAGGAAGAAGGAAGGCAGCCAACGUAACUCUACUUACCUCACUCGUAGAAGGUGAAGCAGUUCAUUUAGCAAGAGACUUUGGGUAUGUGUGUGAGACUGAGUUCCCUGCAAAGGCAAUUGCUGAAUACCUGGGUAGACCGCAUGUGGAGCGCAACGAGGUUAACUCUCGCAAGAACAUGCUCCUUGCUGCCAAGCAAAUCUGCAAAGAGUUCACUGACCUGCUCACUCAGGACCGCUCACCUUUGGGAAACUCUAGACCCGCGCCCAUCUUGGAGCCUGGAAUCCAAGGCUGCUUGACUCACUUCAGCCUCAUCACUCAUGGCUUCGGCUCGCCGGCCAUCUGUGCCGCUAUGACCUCACUUCAGAAUUACCUGAACGAGGCGCUCAAACAAGUGGACAAGAUGUACCUGAGCUCUGGUAGCGACACCCAGGGAUCCUCAGACAGUGGGAGCAAAUCUACCGACAAAAUGGACAAGCACAGGAAAUGAGAGCUCAAAGGAGAAUCCCUAUGAACUUCAGAAACCCCUCCGAUUCCCUUAAACUUGCCGCCCUGUCUGCCCUUUUUUGGACUUUUUUUAAAAAUCAAUAUUUAGUAUUGUCAUUUUGAGAGCUGAAUUUGUGUGUGAGUGUAUAUGUGUGCUUGCUCUGUAAAUUUCUAUUUUGGAGAAGUUGAGGAUUUUUGAUGGCUUGUCACAGCUCACCGCAAAACAGCCGGGCGUUGGCACCAAUGGUGAAUGCUGUGGAUUGGUCUUAAUGGGAGCCCACUCUGUGAAUGAGUAACACACACCACAUUUUACUAACCACUAUGCAGUGCCAGUGGGCUGAUGCUACAACCAUAGGACCUGUGCUUUGUUGUCAAGAAGAGGAAAAAAAAAAAAAAAAAAAAAGCACACUCUGUGUUUUGUGUUUUUUUUUCUCCCAAGAGGACAUCAUUUCAAGAUGAGUUGCUGUGGCUGUGAAUUCCUCUCAGCUUUCCCCCUCCUGCUCUGUCUGGAGGCAAAUCCACUGAUUUCCUGUGUCUCAAUGGACUUGCAAAGGACAAUUUUUUUAUAUGUGAGAGAGAGAGGAAAAAAGACAAUCCACUUAAUUUUCUUUACUUUUUUGUGCUUGAUUUGUACGACAACUUCAAACUUCAAAAUGCCUCCAGUGUUAUUGUGCUUUGUUCAUGGGAGAUGAUUUGAAUCUUGUGUCGGCCUGGAUGAGAAAAACACGAUUAUUGGUUUGUCAGUCUGUGCGCGAUCAGAAACCAGAGACUUUAAAGUUGCUCUGAUAGAAGCCUCUUCAGUGUUCAUGUGGAUUACAGGCAUAGCCAUGCUUCCAUUGUUACUUUAUCUUUUAAACAUGGCAGUGAGAAUAGAAUAUUUUUGUGACGAAGGUAUUCAUUAUCCUUAAUAUUUAAAAACCCUAAGUUAACAUCAACCAACCAACAAGCUCAGUCCUGCCAGAGUGUAUGUAUGUUGUGAGAAUGUGUGUAAAUGUACAUAUUUCUUUCUUUAAAAAUGUUUUUAAUUAGACAUUAAAUUCCAAACAUAGAAUUUUAUCCAGUGUCUUGUCCUGGAUGUAAAUAUUUUCUAAUUUAUGUUGUAAUUUAAUGGGCUUGUGUAAAUAAUGGUAUCAUUCUGGUGUAUGGUUUAACUUUUUAUGAUGACGUGUUAAACUUUUAUAAAUGGGUUAGUUUUUUAUCGAGUAGAGGUUAGGAAGUGGGCAUGAUAUACUUUUUUUGAAAAUAUGUUUAAAAAAACC